CCUUUGAGGACGACACCUUUGUCUGGUAAAAUCGAUAGCAGGUGUAUACGGAGUAUAUGUGUAGUUAAAGUAUCUGAAUGAUGGUCGGUUUCCAGGAACUAUGGACCCUUCUCCUAAUUAUCCAUUCAACCCGACAGUCUUCACCUGCAAACGAUAGCGCAACAGUGAAAACGUCCAUUGAAACCACACACCCUCCAGUCCCUGCUUCCAACAUGUCCACCGUAACGGAGAAAAACAAUUUUGUUCUCCAAAGAACUAACUUCACUUCAGAUCCAAACAUAUUUCCUAUUUGUACUCCUGCGUGCACCAAUGGUGGUAUCUGUCGCCGUAUUGACAAUGAUUUGUCGUCCCAGUGUCUAUGCCCACUGGAUUAUGAGGGGCAGGCCUGUGAGAAAAGUUCUCGUGCCUACCAAGUGAGCAUGCGAUUGGUGCAGUUGGGCCAACCAAUGGAAUGGGACCCUGCGUUUAGUGAUUCGUCAAGCACAAUAUAUCAGCAAACGGUCUCACACAUACUUCGUCUAUUACACCUGGCCACUUUACUCGGAAGUGACCUUUUGCUGGUUCGCGCUUACGAAGGAAUUUCAUUUGAUCAAUUUGUCAGUGGAUCAGUGGUUGCUUCAGUCUUUGUAAAGUUUGACUUUAACGAUUCCAUGGCCAAAAUGUACGACAACAAAUCAGUCAUGGAGCAUCUGGUUUCAGGUGGGAUGCGAUUGAGUGAACCCAACCUACCGGUUCCGAUUCCUUCUCUCAUAAUCUUUGAGCGACAAGACGCAGCAGUGUUUUCUGUGCAAGCAACCGAUCCUUGCAGCUCGGGAAACAAUGACUGUUCGGUCAACGGCAUUUGCGUUCCACUCAGUGGUACAGUGUAUACGUGUGAAUGCAAACCGUUCACUAUAGAUGCUUCCCCAAACGGAUUCUACCCUGGUCGACGAUGUAUUUAUGACGGCCUGAUAAUCCUGACGUUUGUCGUGGUCGGACUGUUCCUGAGCAUGUUGAUCUUCAUACUAUGUGGAUGUCGUCGAACAAUAUGGUAUCGGUAUCGGAACCGACGAGAAGCCGAACAUGUUACCUUGGUCAAAAUGGCAGCCAAUUAUGACAUUUGAUUACCAAUAACGUAAUAUCUUGCCGAAAUAAAACAGCUGCGGCUAGGCACCCAAAGAAUCUUGUGAACUGUGAUAUUUUGCACUCAUCUGCUUUCACUACAUGCGUUUGUCUUUCUAACUGCACAUAAACCAUGGAUGAUAG